GCCUCUUUGGAUAAUCGCCUAUGGCCCGUCCGACCUGUGUAUUUCCUGGCUGGAGCGGCUUCGAUCGGUGCCGUACAAGACCAAUUUGAUUCAUUGAAAGAGCAAGCAGAGUCAUUCCUAAAGAACGAGGGCCCUCGCCUUCAGCUCUACGCAUGGUUCAUGUCGUUCACAACGUCCAACUAUAUCACGGCAUUUUGGGAAAAGUACGCAUACCUCUAUAGCAGACAGCCACUCUUGAUCAACAGCAGUGUAGCCCACAUGGAUUUUCUAGAAGUCCCCGAGAAUCGAAGGUCCACUUGGGCUUACAUGGCCGCUCGAGUUACAUAUUUUGAAGGAAUGUCUCAGCUUGCCGUUGACAGGCAAUCGCUUAAACCGCUGGGAUCGGGCCUACUGUGCUCACGCCACUACGACAAGUUAUACAGCGUAUGCCGAGUUCCUGGUGAAGAAAUGGACGAAUUAGUCAAUUACGGUAUCGCGAAACACGUUGUUGCUAUUUACAACGGAAUGUUCUACAAAGUGAUGCUAUGUGAUGAAAGAAAUCGAAUGUAUAGUAUUGAGGAAUUAACAAAAAUUUAUGCAGAGAUUUUUUCUCGGAAUGAAAAGGUCACGGGAGCCGCUAGCCGAGUGGCCGCACUUACCGCUGCACGUAGAGACGAGUGGGCUCGGAAUAGAGAGAAGUUUUUCUUGAAAAAUCCGACGAAUGCGGCAACAUUGCGCGAGAUCGAGUCGGCCGCCUUUAUGCUAACACUCGAUGAUGCCGAAUACUUCACCUGA